AUGUAUGUGAAAUGGUUUGAUACAGGAAUGUUUUACUUUGUGAUUUUAGUGAUUUUUGUGAGUCACUUUUUGUCAUUUACAAAUUUCCCGCCGUUCCGUCCCCAUACGCUCCGACGCUUGCAGAGGAUGGAACCCAGAUGACAGAUGCCGGCCUCCACCGGAUUACAUUGCCGGGGACACUGCAGGAGGGACAUCACGGGAGUGCAGGACAAGGUAAGUGACCAAGGGAUCCCGGAGCAGCGCCGCAUGGUAAGCCCGAGUGUAGCUUGGGGUUACCGCUUGUGCUACACUCGGGAAUACUGCCAGGGAGGUUAACCU